AUGAAAGUUCUCUUGAAGAACCCUACGGAAGUCGUACCACCAAACAUCUCUAUAAACAGAUCUCCGCUCGUACCGGAAAGCGUCAACCUAAGCGACGUUUCAGACUUCAUCGCCGUUGGUAGCAAUGCGUCCGAAACGGCGAUCAGCGAUGUCAACGCAACGGAGCACAAAGCGGUUAUCAAACUGACGAAACCAGCCGAAAGCGGGAAGCCCUCCGAAGUCGACAAGGCGGGUUCUCACAAUCAAACUGCACCGGCAGCAGUCAGCGGUUCCUCUACCAACGGCACGACGUCCAACACGUCUACACUCAGCGAUGCACCAGCCGGCAACUUGUCGAUGUACAAGCCCGUCGUUUCGCCACUGAGCAAUGCGUCACUCACCGAUGCCUCCUCGUCCAGGAGUUACUUGGCCGUCGGCGGGUCGCGCUCCGAAGAAACUUCUCUGAGCUUCGAACAUUCGGCUAGUUACAGGUUAGAAGACAAAGGAGCCCUGCCAGCGGCGGACUCCGCUGCGGUCGACAAGUCGUCCCCCGGCGUGAAGUCCCCCGCAGACGCGAACGGGUCACCCGCGCAGGACGCGACCGGCGCAGCAGCGGCCAACCCACCCAUCGCCCAAGGUUCGCAGUCCAACAACAAGGCCCAGGCUAUCGCUGCGUCUGGCUCGAGUGACAAGUCAUCGGAGGCAGUGAAGCCCUUCAAUGAACCACACGUAGACGCCAACGGGUCACCUGCGCAGGACGCGACCGGCGCGGCAGCGGCCAACCCACCCAUCGCCCAGGGUUCGCAGUCCAACAACAAGGCCCAGACUAUCGCUGCGUCUGGAUCGAGUGACAAGUCAUCGGAGGCAGUGAAGCCCGCCAAUGAACCGCAGCCUAGCGCGCCCUCUGGAGCCGAGAGGAAAUCGGCUGCCACUGACUCGGCAGAAAAUCCGCUAGCCGUCAACACUUCCGCGGGCGCUAACGCGGUGCCUUCGGGUGCAGCGAGCGAUAUCGGCUCACCUGCGAAGAAAGACGCUGCGGCUGCCCCAGAAGAUGCUGCACACGGGUCGCCGUCGUCGGCGGGAUCCGACUCGAAAGCCAAUAUCGAGCCCAAACCAGGUGAUGCAGGCCUGGCAGCGAAAGACAAAGGCGAUGGUGCACACCCCAACCAAGCCGUGGAAGAGAAACAUGCUGACAAAUCGAAAGACGUGACGGAACAUGGCGCGGACUCCCUGGCACCCGGCCCGAGCGCCCAGCGACCUCUCUUCUGCGAAGCGCGCAAGGCCAUCUUGCGGCCGCUGGCAUCUUACUGCACGCACAUCCUGUUCGGUCGGCUCCCACUCGUGGCGACCAACGGCGUGACUGCGGUCGGGGACUUCGACAGCGCCACCCAAGAGCAACUGCAUCUCGCCUCCGUGGUGCGACCAGGCUGGCCUCACGUCAGCCUGAUGACCACGCUUGGUGGAGGAGGUGAGAAGGACGACAUUGCCUUGGCCAAGGCCUUCGAGUCCGGUGUCUCUGCGCUGGACGAGCUGGCUACCCAGGCGGCAAGCCUGGUGCGCAAGCGAGGUCUGGACGGCCUCAAUGUGCACUGGUCAGUGCCGGACCUCGAAGGAGACGUGGAAGCGUACGCCGCAGGGCUGGUCGACUUCGUCAAGAAACUGCGGAAGGAGCUCGGUCCUUCGUCCAUCAUCACCGUUGUGCUGCCAAGCGAACCCGAGGAGAGAAACUCGGCCUUCAACGUCAGGGAACUUCAACCGUUGGUCAACUUCCUGUUCGUGAGCACUCACGACACCUUCAGCCCGUACUCGACGCUCACGCACUUCAACGGGCCGGCGCAGGACAUCGACACUGGAGGCAUGUUCACCGCCAUCUCUGACGUGAUGAAGCAGCUGAACGCCAACCAGUCGCGGCAGCUGUGCUUCACAUUCGGACUGUCCGGCGUCGCCUAUAAGGUUGAUGCCGACGCACCGCUUGCCAAGUACGUGCCCCUGGUCGGAUCAGCCAACUCGAGGAGCGCACAGGGCACGCCCAACGCUGGCCAUCAGGCGAAGGAAGGACGGGUCAUCACAUAUGACGAGGUGUGCAAGUUGAACCUGACCUGCCACAAGGCGCACGUGGAGAAGAGCUGUUACGACAAAGUCGGGGACACGUGGUACGGUUACGUGGACGAAGAGGCCGUUGCCUCAAAGGCCAAGUGGAUUCUAAAAGACGGCUGGGAGAACCUGUGCGUGGUGGCGUGGAACGUGGACGCGGACGACGUGAAGGGCAGCUGCCGAGGCGACGCGGCGGCGUCUUACCCGCUGCUCCGCAGCCUCAGCCAAGCCACCACUGCCUUGGCCUACUGAACAGCAG